AUCGGUCUUUUAAAAGGAAAUCCCUUUCUAUUUUCCUGCGUCAGAGAGCAGUGGGGACUUCGUUUAUUGGCAGCAUUUUAUUCAAGAUUAGUCAACGGAACAAAGAAGAUGCCUGAAGAAAUGCGCCAAGAGGAGGAGGCUGAGACCUUUGCCUUCCAGGCAGAGAUUGCUCAGCUCAUGUCCCUGAUCAUUAACACCUUCUAUUCUAAUAAGGAGAUUUUCCUCAGGGAGUUGAUUUCUAAUGCCUCUGAUGCUUUGGACAAAAUCCGCUAUGAAAGUCUGACUGACCCUACCAAACUGGACAGUGGCAAGGAUUUAAAGAUUGAAAUCAUUCCAAAUGUGGCCGAACGCACCUUGACUCUUACCGACACUGGAAUUGGCAUGACCAAAGCUGACUUGAUCAACAAUCUGGGUACUAUUGCCAAGUCUGGCACAAAGGCCUUCAUGGAAGCCCUGCAGGCUGGAGCUGACAUCUCCAUGAUUGGGCAGUUUGGAGUGGGUUUCUACUCUGCCUACCUGGUGGCUGAGAGGGUGACUGUCAUCACCAAGCACAAUGAUGAUGAGCAGUAUGCCUGGGAGUCUUCUGCUGGAGGCUCCUUCACAGUCAAGGUUGACACUGGGGAGCCAAUUGGCCGUGGAACCAGGGUCAUUCUGCACCUUAAGGAUGACCAGACAGAGUACGUAGAGGAGAAGAGGGUCAAGGAGGUUGUGAAAAAGCACUCUCAGUUCAUUGGGUACCCAAUCACCCUCUUUGUUGAGAAGGAGAGGGAUAAGGAAAUCAGUGACGAUGAAGCUGAGGAAGAGAAGGAGGAAAAGGCUGAAAAGGAGGAGAAGGAAGAGGCAGAGGACAAGCCCAAGAUUGAGGACGUUGGCUCGGACGACGAGGAAGACUCCAAGGACAAGGACAAGAAGAAGAAAAAGAAGAUCAAGGAGAAGUACAUCGACCAGGAGGAACUGAACAAGACCAAGCCCAUCUGGACCAGGAACCCUGAUGACAUCACGACUGAGGAGUAUGGAGAGUUCUACAAAAGCCUGACUAACGACUGGGAGGACCACCUGGCCGUCAAGCACUUCUCAGUGGAGGGCCAGCUCGAGUUCAGGGCCCUGCUGUUCAUCCCCCGCCGCGCUCCCUUCGACCUGUUUGAGAACAAGAAGAAGAAGAACAACAUCAAGCUGUACGUCAGGAGGGUCUUCAUCAUGGACAGCUGUGAAGAGCUCAUCCCCGAGUAUCUGAACUUUGUGCGUGGCGUUGUGGACUCUGAAGACCUGCCCCUCAACAUCUCCAGAGAGAUGCUCCAGCAGAGCAAGAUCCUCAAGGUCAUCCGCAAGAAUAUCGUCAAAAAGUGUCUGGAGCUGUUUGCCGAGCUAGCCGAGGACAAGGAGAACUACAAGAAGUUCUAUGAUGGCUUCUCAAAGAACCUGAAGCUGGGCAUCCACGAGGACUCUCAGAACCGUAAGAAGCUGUCUGAACUGCUGCGCUACCACAGCUCCCAAUCUGGGGAUGAGAUGACCUCCCUCACUGAGUACCUCACCCGCAUGAAGGACAACCAGAAGUCCAUCUACUACAUCACUGGCGAGAGCAAAGACCAGGUGGCCAACUCUGCCUUUGUGGAGCGUGUGCGCAAGCGUGGCUUCGAGGUCCUGUACAUGACGGAGCCCAUUGACGAGUACUGCGUCCAGCAGCUGAAGGAGUUUGAUGGCAAGACUCUAGUGUCUGUCACCAAGGAGGGCCUGGAGCUCCCUGAGGAUGAGGAGGAGAAGAAGAAGAUGGAGGAGGACAAGACCAAGUUUGAGAACCUCUGCAAGCUCAUGAAGGAGAUCCUGGAUAAGAAAGUGGAGAAGGUGACUGUGUCUAACAGGCUGGUGUCCUCACCCUGCUGCAUUGUGACCAGCACCUACGGCUGGACGGCCAAUAUGGAGAGGAUCAUGAAGGCUCAGGCUCUCAGGGACAACUCCACCAUGGGCUACAUGAUGGCCAAGAAGCACCUGGAGAUCAACCCAGACCACCCCAUUGUGGAGACCCUCAGGCAGAAGGCCGACCUGGACAAGAACGACAAGGCAGUGAAGGACUUGGUCAUCCUGCUGUUCGAGACGGCCCUGCUCUCCUCCGGCUUCUCCCUGGACGACCCCCAGACGCACUCCAACCGUAUCUACAGGAUGAUCAAGCUUGGGCUGGGGAUUGACGAUGAUGAAGUUCCCACCGAGGAACCAGCCUCUGUUCCUGCCCCCGAUGAGAUCCCACCACUAGAGGGCGAUGACGAUGCUUCACGCAUGGAGGAAGUGGACUAACCCACCUCAGCUCUACUCCCCUUAUAGCCUCACUUUUUCCAAUUGAACAUCUGUUUUAUUUGCCCUUUUAAGGGGAAAACCUGGUCAAUGUCCUCAUGGUAAAAAUAAAUAAGUAACUCAUGUGGACCAGUGUUGCUCUUAAUCUGCGAUCAUUUAGAAUGCGGUUCAAUUUUGUUGUACAAGCUGUAUGUAAUAGUUAAUGGUGGGAACACGUUUGAGAAAAGCAGUACCCUGUUGCACUGAGUUUUAAAUAUUGGAAUGGUUGGUGUGUGGACAUGGGGGAAUUGGAACAUUCCAUUAGACUGGAGGAGGGGUCUGUUGCAACAUGCACGAUGCAUGGAGUGACUGCAAGUUCCCUUCACCUGAAUCCAGAUGUCUGUAUUCAGUCUUUAGUUUGCAAAAAUUAAAAGAUGUAUCUUCAA